AUACUGGCAGAGCAGAAGCUUUGGAAUUUCUGAUUUUUGUGUCAUCUUCAAAAAUUUUCUUUCAUCUUUCUUCCAAAACCCAGAAUUCUCUCUUCUUGUUCCAUUCUUUGACAAUCAGAAAGAACAAAAAUUCUUCAGAAAAUGGUUCCUGUCAAGAUUGAAAAUGAAACAGAUUUUGAUCAUUCCUCAUCUUAUCAGGAUGAAGAAAUCAAGAACAAGAAAGUAACAGAGCCAAAGAAGAAAGUAAACAAGUUAUCAAUUAAGCUUACAAGAUUGCCAAGCUUGAAGGUAAGCACGAGACACGGAAGAAAUCAAUUUGAUGCAAAUGGAUCACCAAAUUAUACCAAGACCACUGCUUCUUCUGAUGCAAAGAAGGAGAUUUUGCAGAAAUCCGUCAAAAUUUUGACAAAGCGGUCUAGUUUUAAGCCUCAAAAGAGUUUGACAAGGCUGUCUAGCAUAAAACUCUGGAGAUCUUUGUCGAGAAAAUCUUCUGGGGGAACAGACCUCAAGAAGAAACUGAAGAAAUCGAGAUCAAUCAGGCUUGGAAAUAGAUCUUCCAUUGUUUUAUCUAAUAAUGCAGAUAAAAAAGGCUCAUCUGAUAAAACAGUGGCUUCGGGUAAUAAAUCUACAAAGGCAAUAAGAAGAAUGUCUUCUUUGAGACCUCUAAUGAUCUUACCAAGAACGACCAGUUUAAGAACCAAGAGGCCUUCCAUGAAGAAAUCAUCAAAACUGCUCGACUCAAGCAUACAGACAGCUACCUGUUCUUCGAUUCUUAAAGAUUCCAACUUUCCUGAUCAUCUUGAGCUCCAACCAGGAGGAAGUGAAUCUGAAGGAAUUUCAGUUCUGAAAGUUUGUCCAUAUAGUUACUGUUCACUUCAUGGCCAUCGCAAUGCACCCUUACCUCCAUUAAGACGCUUUAUAUCAAUGAGGCGACGCCAGUUAAAGACCCAGAAAAGCAUAAAAUUGGGAAGCCAAUCACUUCAAAGCAGAAAAAGUUCUAGUCAUUUAAGGAAAGGAAUGCAGGCAAAUAAAAUCACUUCGGGUAUUAAUGCAUCGAACGCUCAUAAGCAUGAUCCUAAUGUUGAUCAUCCUAAAUACAUUGAUGUGUAUGAAGGUGACCUGGAAUCGAUCAGCUCGGAGGCAAAUACUUCUACAGGUGUAUCUGAUGAUGUGUUUGAUGCGUCCAGAAGCUUAACCCCAGAUGUCUCUGUGGAAUCAAGUGCAAUCAAUAGUUCAGCCUCUUAUGGUUCUAUGUCUGAACUAUUAGAAGAACAAACUGCAGCCAAUGAAGAAAAGAAUGAAGAUUCUCUGCAGGAACAUCCCUUUUCAGUGGCAGAUUCUGAGAGUGAUUGUAAUGUUGUAGAAGAAAAAACACAAAUAGAAAAGCCGAAAAAUGUGGGAUUGUGGAACCUGAUAUAUCAGCAUAUGGUAUCAGGUAUUGCUGCAGAAGAUGAAAAGCUGCCCUGUCAUAAUAGAAUGGAUAAGAAAGAAGAAGAGGAGGAUGCCAAUGUGAACAGUUUUCCAGGGAUGAACAAGUCUGAUUCUUAUUCGGACUUUUCUGGAAUAGAUCAGAACAUGGGCCGGGAUGAUCACGACAAAGGCAACCAUAAGAUUCAGCUCUACAAGCGCAAUGCCAUUAAGUUGGUUCAGGAAGCAUUUGACAAAAUUCUCUCAGAAAUUCCAGAUCAGUCAUGUGAUGAUCAAUCAAUUAAUAGAAAUGGGCCAGAAGAAAGGAAAGCAGAAUCAAAGAGGGAAAGCAAGUCUAACCAGCAAACACCCAAGAGCUGGAGUAAUUUGAAAAAAAUAAUUAUCCUUAAGAGAUUUGUUAAGGCAUUGGAAAAGGUGAGGAACAUCAAUCCAAGGAAGCCACGGUAUCUACCAGUACAGCCUCAACCUGAAGCAGAAAAGGUUCAUCUACGCCAUCAGACCACAGGAGAGAGAAAAAAUUCUGCAGAAUGGAUGCUUGAUUAUGCACUUCAACAGGUUGUUUCUACACUAGCCCCUGCUCAGAAAACAAAAGUAGCUUUGCUUGUUCAAGCAUUUGAAACAGUUGUUCCAUUACCAGAAACUGAAACUAGUCCAAGCAUUAGCGUAGCAGCUUCUUCACAAGCAACUCCAGUUGACCGUACUUCUUCCUUAUAUCAAAAAGGUUCUGGAUAUGCGAAAGAAACAAAAUUUGGUAUAGUUCUUCGUAAAAUUUCAUCUUCCCACAUGAAUUCCAAGGAGGAACAAGACCAACUCCACAAUUCCUGCACAGCAGAAGAGCACAUCCCGGUGUCUUUUUCUAAGCUCAAUGAACCAAGUUCAGAAUCUGAUUGUACUCAUUCAGCAGUGAGUAGCUUUGCUUCUGAAACCACUGCCAUGGGCUUGAAGGAACAAUUUGGAGCUACAAAUCCUAGCAAUGGCGACCAAAAUUGCAUGGUCAAGGAUGAUGAACCCCAUUCUAUCAAUUACUCUUUACCGGAGCUUGGAGAACAAAACUUACAUGAUGAGCCUUUAUCAAUGUCAGCUGAUGUUGUAAGCAUUUCUCAUGAUGAAAGUCCGGUGAAUGGAGAAGUUCUUCAAGAAGUCACCAAAGAAGCAAGUCUGGUUUCUUUUUCAGGGGUUCAUGAUCAUGUUUUUGGAUUCAACAAUCAAAAGAUGGUGUCAAAUUGUGAAAUCAAUUCAACUGGUAAACAAUCAGAUGAACCCAAGAGCCAAAUCCAAGAGAAUUUAGCAGGAAUAAUUGCAGAUUGCAAUGUGGUUUCUUCAGUUGCUGCCUCUGAACAACUAGAAGAGUCAGCCACUCGGGGAGAAACAUUGCUUCGAAAUAAGUUCCUCCAAGCAUUCGCUCAACUAGAUGAAUCUAAGUCUGGUUCCACUGAACAAGCACAUGAAAAGCAGAAAAAUACGAGGCUUUGGUACUUAAUAUAUAAGCACAUGGUAUCAGGCAACACAAACCCGCUUGAUGAGAGGGCGGACAAUGAGGGACAAAGGAGUGAUGCCAACACAUCAUAUGAAAUGAACAAUGCUGAUUCUCCUCAAAGUUCUUCUGUCACAAAUCAGGAUAGAGAUAUGGAGAAUCAUGCAGCAGGCAACCAAAAAAUGGAAUUCCAGAAGAUUGAAGCCAUAAGAAUGGUUGAAGAAGCAAUUGAUGAAAUACCACUUCCAGAUGCUCAAGAUGACUCACCUGAUGAUCAAUCAGUCAACAGUGACGUAAUUCCAGACACGGAGCACCUUGAAAAGCAACCUGGCAAAGGAGGGGAAUUUUCCAUCUCAACAUCCACCUGCAGUACGGAAAAGAGCUAUGAAGAAUCCAACAGCACAAAAAUGGAGCAGAGAUCCACAAUGUGCCUAAAUUCUGAUGACAGUGCCACUACAGAAAAAGUAAAAAUAACAUUUGAGGGAAAUAGACCUGAACUUCCAGCACGAAAGAGCUGGAGCAAUCUGAAAAAGCUUAUCCUUCUUAAGAGAUUUGUCAAGGCAUUGGAAAAGGUUAAUGUUAAACCAUUCAAUCCUCAGAAGCCACGAUUCUUGCCCUUGGAUCCUGAGGAGGCAGCAGAAAAAGUUCAACUAAGGCAUCAAGACAUGGAAGACAGGAAAAAUGCUGAUGAAUGGAUGCUCGAUUAUGCACUUCAAAAUGUUGUUGCUAAACUAACUCCAGCUCGGAAAAGAAAAGUGCAGUUGCUUGUAGAAGCAUUUGAGACAGUCAUUCCGACUACUGAAAGUUGAAAGUAGUCAAAUACCAGUGCAUGUAUAGGUAUGGUGACAAGAAGCUAUCAUUUGUGGCAUUAUUAAAAAUUUCAGCAGAGUUCAUCAUUUCAUUUUGGAGAGUUGAAGUGAAGCAGAUAGAUGCAAGUGAAAGUUUCAAAGGAGAUGUAAAUAUACUUGUAGAUAGUGAUAGAAGUUCUGUAAUGAGUUUACGAAUCCUAUUAGGUUUAUUCUAUGCAUUAUUCAUUCUCAGAGAACCUCAGAUAAUAUAGAAAAUGUAAACAUAAAACUCCAUAUUUUAUAAUAGACAAUUCUUAUUUAUGUAUGUA